AUGAGCAAGUGGUAUUUGGGAGGUAACGUAUCGACUAGUAGUUUAUGCGGUUUUCCUACUCAAUCCUUUAGAAGCAGCGCUAGAAGGCAAGGAAGCAGAAGACAUUUUGUCUACCUUUUCACAGAUUCCAAACAGUUGAUAUUUUGGGAAGGACUUUCCGUAAACAUUCUGAAAUCUCGCAUUAGAUCCGUAGAUAGCGUCGUAGCCCACCGUGAACAAGCCAAAAAAGUGCACGCAAAAACUACAUGUAAUCCGAUGGUCCUGAAAGACUUUCACAAACACCCAUAUAAUGGGGGCGCCUGUGAAGCAGAAAAAGUUAGUAUGAUCCAUUUGGCGUGCGGAAAUAGUGACCAAUCGGUAAACUUGUGGUAUUUCAACUCUCAGCUUCCGCGGAAAACAAUAUUUGAAGGAAAGGGAAGCGGUACAUUGCACAGCAUGCCCAGUUGGGUCAAUUGGGCCAGUUGGACCCCUAGACCUCGUUUUGAUGAAUAA